CGCCGGGCCCGGGAGAGCGCAGCCGGCCGAGCAGGAAGCGGAGCGGGGCUGCCGGCGCCGGGGGGCGAGCCCAGAAGUCAGGUGGAACCGUGAUUCAGAUCUCAGCUGUCACUUAGGGAGAAGUGGACGGCUUUUCUCCGUGCCAUUUUUCUAGCCUGAACCAGAUCUGCUGACCUGGCGUCUGCCACACUGCGACCAACGUCUGCUAUUGAAAAAGAAAAGCUCAAGAGAAAACUGCCCUGUGGGAGAAUAUGGAACCAGAUUCUGGGAAUCAAGAUUCCGCUGUGCCUAGAACUUCAAGUACGUUAGAAAAGGAAAAGGAGGCAGACACUAGAAGUGGAGAAAACUGUGCCCUCGAGGAAGCGGUGCCCUCAUGCCAUGACAGUUUGGAAAAUGUUUGUCUGAAACCUGGCAAAGAAGCUCCCAGGAAGACACUUUGUGGCUACUUAAACAAAUGUUCAGGGAAAGCACCAAUCAAGGUCUGGAAGUCCCGCUGGUUCUUUUACGAGGAGAACAAAUGCCAUUUGCUUUACUACAGGACUGCCCAAGAUGUUAACCCUUUGGGGAGCAUCGAUAUCUCCAGUGCUAGCUUUGAUAUCAAGGCUGGAGCGGAUGUGGGAGUUUUUGAAAUCAGGACCCCCCGCAAAGAAUUCAUCCUCAAGGCUGUCAACAAACAAGCCAUGAUGUACUGGCUGCAGCAGUUACAGAUCAAGCGUUGGGAGUUUUGUAAUAACCAGCCUUGGCGUUUGGUAGAGGAUGCUGUGAAUGAAACUGAGUUUAGCUACUCUGAGGCAGAACAUGACUUUUUGCCCCCUGUGAAAACUCCCACCGAUGUGGUUGGCAUAAAGGCAGCCUCACUACCAGCUCCGCAGCCCUCUGUGUCUAUUCAGAACAUCUCCCUCAAGCAUCCGUGGAUUGAGAUACAGAACACGGUACAUAAUCUUUGUGGCGGCCGGCAGAACCGAGGAGAGUGUGGCGGUAUGUUUAAUUUUGAGGAGACCCAAGAAAUUUUUGAAAAUGUAGUUGAGGAAGAACACGUGGAAGCAGAAGCCGAGGAAACAGUCAGAACAGAGUCCCAAGAAGAUGAAAAGUUGAAGAUGAAGCCUUCUUUUAUUAGAAAAAGCAAAAAAGGGAACAGUGGUUUCUCUCGCUUUGCUGAAGGGAUAGGACAGGAGAAAGUUGCUUCCUUUAAGCACCAGGUUUUAGUCCUCACAGAAGAAGUCAAAUCCCAGAAGGAACUGGUUAAACUUCUCCACAAAGCUCUGGAGGCAGCUCAGCAAGAGAAGCGAGAGUCCUGCAGGUACCUGGCCACAGUUAAGGAGAAAGACAGGCUGGAGUUGGUGCGGCACAAAGUCAGGCAGAUUGCGGAGCUGAACAAGCAGGUUGAAGCGCUGGAGAUGGAGAGGAAGGAUCUGGAACAUCGGCUGGCUUUGAAGGAAGAGCACAUUGAGGAACUGCAGGCUCACGUGCAGCUCUUGAUGGACAAGAACCAGGCCAAGCAGCAGGUGGUCCUGAAGCUGACAGAGCAGCUCACCAGAGAAAUGUCCGACUCUCUCGGGGAGGCAGAUGCCAUUGCCACAGAGACCUUGUACAAGCAGCAGGAAGAGAUCGAACAUUUGAAGGAUGACCUAGAAGCAUAUAAAACUCAGAACCAGUUUUUGAAUUCUGAAAUCCACCAGGUUACUAAACUGUGGAGCACAGUGGCACAGAGAGAGAAGGUCCUUCUGAUGAAAUGUGCUCGACUGCAAGCCCAUAACUGCCAGAUGGAGAGCAAAUACCUGAUGAUGUUGCGGAAGCUGCAGGGACUGCCAGGCUUGACCAGUGACCACGUGGAAAUGCUGAAGGGCCUCGUACAGGAGGCGCUUCAGUGGGGCGUGAAGGAGGAAGCCACAAUUCCUGUUCAGCCGAGCCCUAUCAACCAAUAUGAUGACUACGGCUUUAUGACAGUUCCUGACUACGAACCUGAAGACUGGAAGCUUCUGGCAAAAAUCCAGGCACUGGAGAUCAAAUCCAUGCAUCUCUUGAACCAUGAUGCUCUGGAGAAACCCCUUUCCGAGCGGUGGAAUAACCUUGGAGAACUGAUUCCCUCUUCAGAGUUAAAGAGUCUGCUGCGCUGUGGUGUCCCAGUCGAGCACAGGCAGAGAGUGUGGAGGUGGAUUGUGAGUCACCAGGUGCAGCACAUCCGUUCUCCGGGCCACUACCAGAACUUGCUCAAGCGGUGUGAGGUGGCCGAACAUCCAGCUUCCCGGCAGAUUGAGCUAGAUCUCCCCCGCACGCUGACCAACAAUAAACAUUUCACAUCACCUGCCUCCCAGCUUAUUCCGAAACUCCGAAGGGUUUUACUUGCAUUCUCCCGGCAAAAUCCCACCAUUGGCUACUGCCAGGGAUUGAACAGAUUAGCAGCUGUAGCCCUGUUGGUCCUUGAGGAGGAAGAAAAUGCUUUCUGGUGCCUAGUCCACAUUGUCGAGAACCUAAUGCCUCCAGAUUACUACAGCAACACGCUGAUAGGCUCACAGGUUGAUCAAAGAGUCUUCAAAGACAUUUUGUCCGAGAAGCUUCCCAGGCUGACAGCUCACCUGGAGCAGCACCGAAUCGACUUGGCUCUUGUGACCUUCAACUGGUUCCUGGUUGUCUUUGUAGACAGCCUUAUCAGUGACAUCCUCUUCAGGGUCUGGGAUGCAUUUCUGUAUGAAGGGACAAAGGUGAUAUUCCGUUACGCUCUGGCAAUCUUCAAGUAUAAUGAAGAUGCCAUCUUGAGGAUCCAAGAUAGCCUAGAAAUUUACCAGUACCUUCGUUUUUUCACCAAAACAAUUGGCGAUAGCAGGAAGCUGAUGAGCAUCGCCUUCAGUGACAUGAAUCCGUUUCCCAUGAAGCUGCUGCAAAAUCGGCGCGGAGCGCACAGGUUAAAACUGGAGGCCGAGCUGAGAGAACUGGAGCUGAUAAAAGCCCAGUACGUGAGGGAACAGGCAGAACACGUGGCCAGUCACCUGGAUGGCACUGUGAGCGAGGAUGAAGAGGAGGCUUAACGCCCGUUUCUUCUGUUCUUCAGACGUUUAUUCGUCUCUCAGAAAGAAAAGGGGGCUGUUGUUUUGUUCAGGGUAAAAUAAAGUACCCUUGAGCGCUGAACGGAGGUACGCUGCAUUGCUUUUCAGCGUAUCAGAAACAAGCAUAUACUGUGUACAGCUGUACUCGCCAAUGUUCUUUCCAGAUACAGCACACGGUGAGCUGUGGGCUGGAUGACACUGCGCUAUAAAAUGUUCACUCUUGUCUUUCUGGAUCAGCCCUGGGUACCGUUCUGGAGGUCUGUCCUUUCCGCUUUGUCCAUCACUUGGAUUUCUUGACCUGUGUGGCUUCCAGUAUCUGGCACCCAAACAGAGAAAACUUACUGAUGGGUUGUUGCUGAGAUGAAUCAAUUGCCUUUAUCUUCUGGUAAUGCAGUGGGUUGAAGACACUCCGGUUAGGACACUCAGGGUUGUGGAGCACUCAGCUGCUGGGUUCUGAAGCCCCUCUACAGCUGCCAUCUUUUUCUCUCUUUUUUUUUGGCUGCCUUUUGGAAGGAUCUGCUGCUACUGCCAAUGCAUAGAGGGCAAGGGUGCCACACACCCUAUUUCUUUUUUUCACCCUUGCUGAGAUGGUGAGGUCACGGAACAGUGGAGAGGAUUUCUCAAAGGUUUUGACCCUUGGCUGGUGCUUAGCUGUGAGUCUGGAAAGUUGAAGACCACUGUACUGAUGAAACACCAACACUACACAGCACGUUACUGAUUUCCUCUCUUGUGCACUUCCUACUUUCCUAGUGGGGGCCAGCAGCGUGUCUGCAUAUAUGUGCAUAAACAUGUAUAUUCAGAUCAAAUUUAGUUCCUUGACUGUAAUUAGCCAGUUUAAGGUGAUUUGGGAUAUGUAUCUAGUACACUGAAGGUGUUAAAUUCUUUUGCUUUUCAAGUUUCCUAACAGAAAUCAGUGAGUUUGUGUGUGUGUGUAUCUUUGUGUGUGAAAGAGAGAGAGAUGCGUAUGCACUGAUUUAAAAUUACGUGCUUGACAGAAUGCGGUAGGCAGAUGGCUUGUAUCUUGGGGGAGUCUUGUGUUUAUUUAGCACUUUAAAGUCUGUGGGGUUCCAUAAUUUCCUUCUUUCCUCCAGCUCCCACUCAUAUAUGUGGUCCCCCCUCUACAUACAGAUGCUCAUACAAAUAAUCCGUUUAUGGUAAAUAUGUGUAGGGCUUCCUCAGCAGCAAGAAAGCUGCGAAGUUUUAAAAUUCUUCCCAUUGUUCUGAAGCGAGAUUGAAAUCUAAGCACACACAGCCCUUCUCUUAGUGGGUGACUAAAUGAACAGUUAAUAUUUCAAUUAAAAAGGCACUGGGUUGAACUUGCUGUGUGGUCACAGGCUCUCCCCUAGUAGUGUCGGCUUAGGAUGAUCCUAACUCAUGUUUCAGAAGCAUCAAGCAUUUGGUUAUACACUGUUUGCAAUGUGCUUUUCACAGUUUUCUCAAAAACAUCUCUCAGUCUCUGGGCUUGAACCCAGAACCUUCUAGUCUGAUGUGGAAAUUUAGCCUGGUGAAUUACCUGAGACUUUGUUUCUUGGAUCUGAGCUCUCUUUAGACACACAAGUGAGCAGGGGUUUUCAACAGUAGCCUCUGCUGUUACGAGGUAGGCUGGAGCCUCGGAUGGGCCAGGCUUUAGAUAAAUAUCCGGAGUCUUAGAGCCAAGCUACAAGUGACGUCUGACACAGGUUG